AUGUGUUUAUGGCUCUGUUUGGUACAUUUAAAUAGGUUUUAGAAAGAAAGAAGGACGUUUAUUCCAGGCGGAACAAAGUAUUUGCACAUCCUCCUCCUGCCGGAACUUCAGAGCGGGACACGAAGCGGAAGAAAUCAUUUUAAAAAGCCGGCAGUUUGGUUGUUCCAGCGUGAACUUUUGAAGGCUCGCUUUGUGCUGUGUGUGAGCCGAGGCAGUAACGAUGCCUCCAGUUCAGUAUCUGAGAGAGUUUAUCAACGAGCGACUAACUGCUGCUGCUGAACAAAUAUUCUUGGAGUUUGAAAAAACGAUCGUCCAGUACGAGGAAAAGAUCGACCGUCAGCGCAGACUGCUGGAUAUCACCUGGAAACCCCAAAUCAAGCUGCACAGGACAGACGUCCCACAGCAGCAGGUCUGUGAGGAGGAGGAGGUUCUCCCUGAGCAGCAGCUCUGGAACCAGGAAAGAAGCUUCAAUGUGGACCAGGAGGAACCAGAACCUCCACAGAUUAAAGAGGAACAGGAGGAACUGUGCAGCAGUCAGGAGGGAGAGCAGCUGGGACUGAAGGAGGAGCCUGAAGUUCGUAAUGAUCCUGUGCAGUACGAGGAAGAGAUCGACCGUCAGCGCAGACUGCUAGAUAUCACCUGGAAACCAGAAAUAAAGCUGCACAGGACAGGUGAGUGUCACUCUGAGGGAGGAUCCUGAUCACAGCUCUGUGGU